AUGUCAUCCCAGGACAUAGGACUCUCUCUCCUUUCGCGAGCGUUCUCUCCCGACACAGCCGGCAGAAUAUUCACCGAGAAGGUAAAAAAUCGACCUCUUCACUUGAAGCCUACAGAGUCAUCGACAGCACAACAGCAGCGACGGCUGGCGCGCAAAGCCAAAGAGUCACGCAAGAAAAAGCAGAAGCCCGCGCCUCUAUCUGCGCGCCAGAAACGAGCACUAUGUUUAUAUGACAUUCCGAAAUCUCAGCAAAAGUAUGCCAUUUACGAACCGCUGAACAGGAUGUGGAUCGGGUAUAUACAGGAGUUGCUCUGGGAGGAUGGGAUUAUGAGACAAAUUACGCCUAGUAUGGCAACGAGGCUGUGUAGUGCGGACUUUCAUGGGGCAGAGCUUGAGGUUGCGAGGAGUCGAUGUGUCUCCAGGGUCGGAGUGAAGGGCAUCGUGGUGAAGGAUUCGAGAUUUGUUUUUGAGGUGGUGACGAAGGGAGAUGGAGUGAAAAUCUUGCCCAAGGAGCAUACGGUCUUCAGCUUUACUGUCCCGAGACCAAAGAAGGAAGGAGUAGAACGUGUCGAUGAAGCAAUGGACAAAGACAAGAUGGAUGUGGGAGAGAUGACGGAGAAGACAAAGACCAUUGCGAAGAAUGUGGUUUUUGAAUUACAUGGUGAUCAAUUCGAGUAUCGGGCAGCAGAUAGGGCAACCAGGAAGUUCAAACCGCAUUACCUGCCGGACCUUUGA